AUGGACAUAAUAGGCGAAGUCCCUCAAGAAAGAGAUGAAUCUAAGUUUGAAAAUCUUCUCAAACCUAUACGACUAAAAUAUCAAUCUGUCAUAGACAAGUCAAAUCCCUAUACCAAAACUAGGUGGUGCAUCACUUUUGCAUUCCUUGCACUCUAUGUUCUUCGAAUAUACUUCAUCCAGGGGUUCCAUAUCAUUAGUUAUGCGCUUGCUAUAUACAUAUUAAGUUUAUUCAUACAUUCUAUUUCACCACAAGUGGAUCCAGAAUUCGCGGAUCUACUCGAUGAAGCACCAACACUCCCAAGAACGGAGGCAGAUGAAUUUAGGCCCUUUAUACCACGAUUAUUGGAGGCGAAAUUCUGGUACUACGCAACGCGAGCCAUAAUCAUAAGUCUUCUGUGCACCUUCUUCUCUUUCCUCGAUAUUCCGGUCUUCUGGCCCAUUCUCGUGGUGUAUUUCAUCCUCCUUUUCACCGUUAUGAUGAAGCGACAAAUAAAGCACAUGAUCACGCACCGGUAUGUGCCGUUCUCCUACGGGAAGCCGCAUCCCACAGGAAAGGUUCUCGUCUCUUAA